AAAUAUCAGAAUUUUCAAUUGGAAUAAGUUCAAAAAUAUUUAGAAAAAUGACGAACAAAAAUAAGAAAACCAGCGCUGGCAUUGGCGGUGCCGCUGCCCCCUCAAAGCAGGCCAGACAGCAGUCCGAGGACUCUCAGGACUAUAGCUCUUUCAAAACAGUGCUCUUCUAUUGCAUGCUGAUUGUGUUCCUACCUGUGAUCACAUUCUUUCUGUUAAAGGCCGUCGUUUUGGAUGGCUUCUUCGAGAUGAGCGAGUUGAAAGUUAACAUUUUCUCGGCGGUCGGUGCCGUGGUGGCCUUACACAUUGCUCUGGGACUGUAUAUCUACCGCGCCUACUUUGGAGGCUCCGGCGCCAAGGCAUCGAAGGUCGACUAAGCUUCAUCGAGGACGCUCACCAUUUCCAUUUUUGUUCUAGAAAGUAUUAAGUCGAACGAAACACUUUUGUACAUACACAUACAAUGUUUAUAUGCCCGACAGAGAGAGGGGGAAAGUUGCCUGUAAAUGUGUGUAGUAAUCGUUUUCUAUUGCAUAACUCUCGAUAGCAGCGGGAAAAACGUGCAACCUACUUUGUUGUCUAGUGUUUUUUGUCUCUAAUUUUGCAUUAAAAAAGACAUUAUUAAGUGAAA